CACUUGCUCGCAAUCUCCCACUCACCGCACCAAAACCACUCUCCAGUGUACGCACGCACACAGGUAGAAAAACAGAGCCCGAGAGAGAGAGAAGGAUCGAUCCCGAUCCGUGUGCUAUGAGGCCGGCGAGAGAAGCCGCGGCGGCGCUCGUUGGCGUCGGCAGCAACGAACAGGCGACUGCCGCGGCGGCGGGGCACGUCGGCCACGCGGCGCUGUGGAGGACGCCCACGCCCUACCUCUUCAUCGGCUUCACGCUCAUGAUGGGCCUCAUCGCAGUGGCGCUGCUCAUCCUCGUCUGCACGCGCCGCAAGCCGUCCGCCGGCUCGUCGCGGCGCGGGAGCGCCACGGAGGAGGCGUCGGCGCGGGGCACGAUGGCGCCACUGGACCGGGAGCCGAAGGUCGUCGUCAUCAUGGCUGGGGACCACAUGCCGUCCUUCAUCGCCAGCGCCAGGCCCUUCGCGUUCGCCACCGCCGCACAGGCCGGCGAGCAGCGCAAGGUGGACGCGGCCUAAGGCGCGCACCCGUGUGCUCCUGCCGUCCUGCGGGACGCGGGACCAAUUUUGUUUGUGAAAUUUCUAGGAGUAGUAUAUCGAUCUAGCAGAGAAGAUACUCGAUCGGCGGUUGACGUCGUCAGAUCUGUGAUUGUGAGAGCGAAUCAAGUUUUUGCUAGCAUCUUCUUCCAGUUUUUACAUGUCUGGUGUAGCGAGCUCUCUAUUUUUAUCUGAACAGGCAACAAUACGCGCGCAGUGCACAACAACAUGAGUACA